CAAACCCAUUUCCUCUCUCUCUCUCUCUCUCUCUCUCUCUCUCUCUCUCUUCCUCUUCUCAUGCCAUUCUAACUCUUUUUCAUUCAUUCACUAUCUUUAAAAAAUGGCAGUGGAACUCAUGGGGUUCCCAAAAAUAGAUGAACAAAAAGCCAUACAAGAGGCUGCAUCAGAAGGACUCAAAGGUAUGGAACACUUGAUCCUAACCCUUUCUCAUCAACCAACUCAAUUAAACACUCAACUAACCGACCACACCGUUUCUAAGUUCAAAAAACUCAUCUCUUUACUUAACCGAACCGGUCAUGCCCGGUUCAGACGCGCCCCGGUUCACUCCUCUUCCUCAUCAGCACCGGUUCAACCGGUUCAGAUUCAAUCAACACCUUCACCGGUUCAAACACCAACCGUAUCUUUACCAAAACACUUUCCUUCUCCGUCACAGGCACCGGCGCCAAUCUCCGUGCGUCACGCGCCGGCGAGCUUUGUUCAACCACAAUCACACAGCAUGACACUCGAUUUCACGAAGCCAAACGACGUUGUUUUGAGCUCAAACACGAAAAACUCCAUGGUUGAGCUUGAAUUCUCGAAGGAUACAGCAACGUUUAGCGUUUCUUCAGCUUCAUCGUUUAUGUCAUCUGCUAUUACCGGUGAUGGAAGCGUUAACGGGAAACAAGGAUCUUCGAUUUUUCUCAAUCCUGCGGCGACACCAGCUAUCUCCGGUGGAAAGCCGCCUCUUUCGGCGGUGCCGUCUAAGAAAAGGUGUCAUGAUCAUGGGGAACACUCCGAUGACGUUUCAGGGUCGAAUAAGUGCCACUGUGUUAAGAGAAGAAAAAAUAGGGUGAAAAGGACUGUGAGAGUACCGGCGAUAAGUUCAAAGACCGCCGAUAUACCACCGGACGAGUACUCAUGGCGGAAAUACGGUCAGAAACCGAUCAAGGGUUCGCCAUAUCCACGAGGCUAUUACAAGUGUAGCACAGUGAGAGGGUGCCCAGCAAGGAAACACGUGGAGCGUGCAACCGACGAUCCAACGAUGCUGAUUGUAACGUAUGAAGGAGAGCACAGACACACUAUUCAAGCUGCGAUGCAGGAGAACGCAGCCGGGAUUGUGGGUUUGGUAUUUGAGUCAACGUAACAAGGGGAAUUAAAAAACUUGGAGGAAAGUGGGAGAAUGGAGGACUUUUCAUUUAAAAAUUAAAAAUGAAUUUAUUUUUGUUAGAAAAAUAUGAGUGGAAGUUAAGGUGGGGCUGCGUUGUAAAUUUGUUUUAUUAUUAUAUUAAAAUAUUUUAAUAUAGAGAUGGAAAAUUGGAAUCUUAAGUUGUUUAUUUAUUUA